AUGAACAGAAAAGCUUGUGGACCGUUCCGCCAAGCCGUUGAGUACAAGAAUUUAUCUUCAGACAUUCAAAGCUACGAUUAUUGCGAUACCUGGCCUGUUCAAGACACACCUGACUUCGAUGGAUUUUUUACUCUACUCCAAGCUGGAUGCGAGCAAAAACCACAGCCUGGUGUUACAGUAUCUGUUGAUGGCAGCGUCUUCUCACAGGACAUCGUCAACAUCACUGAGCCCACACCUGUAGCUUCUGUGGAUCCGGAUUGGCUUGACCAAGGUCCUAUCAGUCUCGGUGCUAAGGUCGGUAUCGCUGCCGGAGGUGUGGUAACUCUAUUAUUUAUCCUUGGUUUCUGUAUAAUUUGGCGCGGCAAGAGACGGAGACGAGCUUUUUUGCGACAGCUCGAGACCCGACCCCGUACCAAGGGUAGUUGGCCUAAGAGGGGUUGGCCUACGCCAUUGCACAUCUCUAACGACAACGACAUGCGGGAGACACCCUUGAGCCAAAAGCCAUUCAGGAGUUGGGACGAGUCUCCCGUCAGCGCUCGAUCCGAAAAGACAUUCCCAAGAUAUGUCUCACCUUACGGCUCCCAGUUCGGCAGUCCUGUCAGUGCCACUGAGCUGCAGCUAGCACAAUGGCCGGUGAUGAACCCGAACCAACAAGCAUAUCCGCCGAUGCCUAAUCAGGCAUCGAAUCCUCAUCCAUAUCCUGAGAUGUUCCCUUCCAUGUACAAACCUGACCCGAGUCCCUCAGGAUCACAAAUUGGUGUAGCUCUUGGUGGCGAUGAUUCGUCGGUCAACACUCCCCGAUCAAAGGGCAAAGAUAAAGACGAGUCUUACGAGAUGUAUCCUGUGGAUGUCAGGUCUCAUGGGGCCAUUGGAAUUUACCAGCCCGAGCACCUCGAGGGAUUAUAUUCACAACCCGAUUACUUCGCUCAUGGAGAUGUGCACCAGAGCCAGAUAUAUCAGGGUCAGGGGCAUGAAUAUCAGGACACUUACGAUGAUGAUUUCAGAGGGAGGAGGCCAUAA